AUGACUCUCCCAGUCGCACCUGAUACAACGUUCCACCGCUUCAUGGAUCUUGCUCUAGAACUUAGAAUAAUGAUUUGUAAGUACUUGUUCACUCCUUCGUUCCCCUCUACUUCCUUCCGUAAGAGCUGACUUGUUACUGUAAAGGGAACUACGCGGACGAGCCUAGAUUAGUUGAAGUGCGCCCCACUGUAGCUAAUUCCGAUGGCAAUUAUUUUCACAACCACCCACCUUCCAGUAAGGAGUGCAACUGCGAGAUCACACACGAUUUCGUAGCCUCCAGACAUACCCCAGCAGUUUUGCAUGUUCAUCGCGAAUCACGAGAGCUAUUUCAGAAGAAGUACCUUGAUUUAGUAAAUCAAGCUAGUCUUAACCACGUCUAUGACAAUCCUGAAAUUGACAUACUUUACUUCAGAGAUGACGAACUUCUAUACUAUCGAGACUGCCUAACAUCUUACGAAAUUGUCCAAUCUAUUCCAUACAAGGACCGUAUCCUCAGUCUGGCAGGUAAUAUUCGGUUUUAUGAAGGAAACGUGGACGGCGACUACCCGGAAUAUGAAUGUUGUGGCCCACUUCUUCUAUAUACUUCCUUGAAGCGUUUCUACAAGACCCACUCGUCAACAUAUCAUCAACACUGCUUUGUUGAAGAUCGUUAUGCACUAGAACGUGUUCCAUCACAAGCCCUUGGGGGUAGGCAGUUCUACUUUGGCAACACACUCAAGGACAAGCAAACAUACUUUACUGCCAUAGGACAAAGCAACUACGACAAAUUCUUAAAUGGUGGUAGCAUGAAUAGUGGUGUUUCUAGUCGAAUGGUGCUUGAUUACCAGCAAAGCUCCCCUCGCGAUUUGAAGACGUGUAAAGAGGAGUGA